CAGUCCCACAGAGCCAGAGCAGCGUGUCUUCAGCUGAGCCUGUACCACGCAUGAGCUCCGCCUGCCUGAACGUCCGGGGGCGGCAUUACUCACACUCACAGGAACACGGCUGCACCAGCACAAGAGGCGCUCCAGUAUGCUCCAAUGUGCACACUGAGCUUCUGCUGGAGUCUGCUUCACUGAGCCUUUUCUGUCUCGGGAAUAUCUCCAUGUCUAAAGACAGCUGUGUGACAAAACCCCAGCAGGACAAGCUCAGCGACAUGAGUCUGCAACAUAAGGAAAGAGAGUUGACCCGGUCGGAAAAGGAGUCUCGGGAGAGGAGGGUACGGGGAGGCAGUACACACCUCUUCACCUCCAUGACUGUCUCAGGGACCACCAUGUGUUCGGCCUGCAGCAAGCGCAUCACUGCCAAGGAGGCCCUAAACUGUGCCUUGUGCGGUGUCACUGUCCACAGUCACUGUCAGGACGGCUGCCCAGACUGCUCCAAAACCAAGCACAGGGCUAAACCUGCCAUAUUAAACUCCUCACUGCAGAAUGAUACAGUGAAGACUAAAGCCCGCAGGCUCCCAGAGAGGCCUAGUUCUGCUGUGUAUGCCUCAGACAGCUUCCGCCGCUCCAUCCUAGGCUCCUGUCGGGGGCGGGGCUUAUCUCUCUCCAAGAGCGUCUCCUCCAAUAAUAUUGUCGGUGUGUGUCGUGUGUGUAGAUUUCUGAGUGAGGACUCCUCUCUUGGACUGCGGCGGAUCUUGUCUCAGUCCACAGACUCACUCAUCUUCAGGACCAGAGCCAUGUCAGUGGAGUCCCUCAGCGAUGAUGGAGCAGCAGAUGGCCAGUACAGCAGUGCUCUGGAGGACUCGGACGUGGAGGGCCAACACUUUAAAGCAGACUCCUGGAGCCUGGCUGUGGACAGGACCUACCUCCAGAAACACCACCGAGCAGUCAUCAAGAGACAAGACGUGAUUUACGAGCUGAUUCAGACCGAGCUGCACCACAUGCGCACUCUGAGGGUGUUGGAGCGAGUGUACCGCCAGGGUCUACAAGACGAGCUCCACCUAGACCCGAGCACCGUGGAGACCCUGUUCCCCCAGCUGGAGCAGCUGUGUCAUAUCCACGGACGCUUCCUCAGCCAUCUCCUCCAGCGGCGCCUCGAGAGCCUGGAGCCCGGCUCGUCCAGGAACUUUGCCAUCCACAGACUGGGGGACAUUCUUCUUGACCAGUUCUCGGGCCAGCCUGCAGAGGACAUGAGGAAAACCUACGCUGAGUUCUGCACACGUCACUUAAAAGCUGUCAAAGUGUACAAGGAGACACUGAGUAAAGACAAGAGGGUCCAGGCCUUCAUCCAGCGCGUGAGCCGCAGCCCCGCCCUCCGCAGACAUGGAUACCAGGAGUGUAUUCUGUUAGUGACCCAGAGAAUCUGCAAAUACCCUGUCCUGAUCCAACACAUCCUGGACAGCACCGUGGAUGAAGAAGAGGCAUCCUCUCUCUCCCAGGCUCUGCUGAAGGCCAGAGAACUUCUGACUGCCAUCGAACAGCAGAUGGACGAGCUACAGAAGAGCCAGAGGGUGGAGGAGAUUCAUGCCACUCUGGACCCGAAGGUGGUGGCCCGAGUCAGGGAUGGGCGAGUGUUCAGGCCUGAGGAGUUGCUGCGCCGAAGCCUGCUGCACGAGGGCACUCUGUUCUGGAAGAGCCCUGGGUCACGCCUUAAAGAGGUGCAGGUGCUCCUCAUGACCGACAUCCUGGUGUUUCUACAGGAGAAGGACCAGAAGUACAUCUUCACCAGUCUGGACAAGCCCCCGGUUCUGUCCCUGCAGAACCUCAUCGUGAGACCCAUCGCCAACCAGGAGAGGGGGCUGUUCUGCAUCAGCGACGCCUCUCCUCCUGAGAUGUACGAGCUGCACGCUGCUUCUAAAGAGGAACGAACUCUGUGGAGUCAACACAUCCAGCAGGCAGCGCGCAAGUGUCCAUCCAGAGAGGAGUUUCCGCUGAUAGAGUCAGAACAUAAGGCCCGCAUCAGGAGACUCAAAGCUGAUCUGCAGCACAAGGACAGUGAAGUGCUGGAUCUGCUCCACCAGAGGGUGGCGCUGUUCUCUGAGCUAUCAGAGCUGAGUAGUGGUCAGAGUCUGCACCCUGCCAACACACGCUCUCUAUUCCGGGCAGACACACUGCAGGCACCGCGGGCUGAGCGACUGCUGCUGGAGGCAACCAAAGAAGUGGACACUCUGAGUGAGCUGCUCCUGGGCUCGUCUGGCAGUUCUACAUCAGAACAGGGCCCCAUGUGUCAUGGGGAAGUGUCUCUGAACGGGGCACAUGUGCACAAGGAGAUCUGCCAGAGACUGCUGAGCCUUAGCACAGGCCUCCACGCACUGCAGGGGGCUGUGAUCAAACAGGACUCCAUCCUGGAGCUGCUGUUACAGCCGGAGGAGGAGUGGCGCCUGAGGAGGGACGGGGACAGUCCAUCGUCAGGGGCUGAGGUGGGGGCCAUAGGAGAGCUGGCCCUGCUCCAGAGGCAGCACAGUCUGCUCCAGGACGAGUUGCUGAGGCUGCGAGACGCCGAGCGCAGGUUCAAACAGAGCGAGAGGGAGCGGGCACGCCUGGAACAACACAUGCGCCACCUCAUCAGUGUGUCAGCGGGCACACAGGGGGCAGCAGCACCCAGAAAUAAGGUGUGCACGGUGCGCUGGCAGAGUCAGGAGCUGCAGUACGCCAGUGAUGAAGAGGUAGUCACAGAUGAGGAGGAGGAUGAGAGGCCAGUGGACAGGUUCAAAGAUGUGCAGGCAGCCUCACAGGUCUGACCUCCUGCACACCCCACUGGAUGUUCUCUCAGGAUCAUCACACUACCAGGUCCUCCCCCAUAGACUCUACAGUGUAUGCCUACUACCAUCACCCUGAUCCUCUGUGAUGAAGCUCUAUGUCCAGACUCACCUGUGUGUCAGGAGGCCCCAUACCAAACUACUGAUGUUUUGGUACUGAAAUGAUUUUGAACAAUACUGAUUCUAAUGCUAAAGUAUUAGCUGAUGAUCAAACUGUAAUCAGUUUUAAAAUACAUCAUUUAUAUUUCAGCUUAGUAUUCAGUUGCUCAUAUGCUCAGUGCUCAAUGGACAAUUCAAUGCAUGUUUAUACAAAACUCUUUGGAAUCAGUAUUGAAUCAAUAUCACAGUACUUGCCCAAGUGUUACUUGGCAUCAGAACAAAUCACAAAUCAGGGUUAUCAGCCAUCACUAGUCAUUGUCUGUCCGACCAGUGGGACCAGUCUGUACCUUCUGUCAUUCUGCUGUUUGAGCCAUCUGCACUGCUCUCCAGCAGCACAUCGCUCAGUCUCCUCUCUGCAUCCUCCUUUUCCAUCAUACUCUCCCUUCAUCACAUCAGACAAAGCCUGGCCUGUCAGGGUCUAAAUGCCAAAGUAAAAGAACAAGUCACACACAUAUUUGUGUGUUUCCUGCUGAACUGUGGGGGUUAGUGGUACAGGGAUGGGUUCUUUAUGGGCCUGGCGAUGACAAUCAGGUUCAACAGCUGUCACUGCACAAGUGUUUAACCACUCAUUUAGUGAUAGAAUAGAAGUAUUCUUUCACUGCUUUAUUCAUUAUUUCUGUAUACUGAGAAUGUAACUGAAGGUUUUCAGUUUGACUCCUGCUGCCUGCAUUGCUUACUGUUGGUGUAUCUCUGGGCAAGGCACUGCAGUCUCCAUGCCUGUGGGUUAAUGUGGCCAGUCUUCCCUGGUGGCUGUGGUUCAGAGGUAGCUAAAGACCGAGUGAAACUGAGGGAGAGUGAAAUAUGGACUCACGUCAAGUGCUUUGAGAACCUAGGAAGUGCAAUAUAAACCUGAGCCAUUAUGACAUGUGUGAAUGUGUUUUUUUAUUUAAAGGCCUAUUAUUUAAGAUUGAUGUGAUAAAUCUUAUACAAGUGGCAAUAAUAAAUAAUCCAGACUUUGUGGUGUAAGCAUGCUGCAUAAACGUGGAAUAAAGAUCACCUUAGAUGAA